AUGCAACCGAACCAGGUGGAAAUGGAUGAAGCUUUGGCAGCGUCUCUGCUGUAUGAUGAUCCUGAAUCGAGAAUUUGUGAUACAGUUACAUUAAGGCAGAUUCAACAGCAACAAGUGAUGAUUCCUCCGCUUAGGGUUUGUCCUCCUGAGUGUCCUCAACGACUUCUCUGUCCAUACUGUCUUGUUCCGUAUCCUCACGGCCAUGACACUCUGCCAUUUGUUUGCCUGUACUGUCUCGUUCCAUAUUUUCACGUCCAGUAUUGCCCUCCGAGUAGAGAAGCAUUUACUGCCCAUAGCUAUGGUAAUAGCUCCACAGAAAUGUAUAGACGUAGUUUGUGGGAUAUAGGGUCAAGUAGUGGACACGGUGAUUCCGUAAAUAUGACCGUGGAGGUAGUGAGUGAGUUAGUAGAAUCAGUAGGAGACGUCAAUAGAGGAUUACCUCUAUCAAAAAUCUCCCGAUUGCCAACUCAUAAGUACGGAGAAAAACCCAAAUGCAGGUGGGGGUGGGAAAAGAAAAAGAAGUUUGUAGCAGAUGAUACGCAGUGUUCGAUAUGCCUAGUUGACUAUGAGAAGGGAGACAGAAUAACCACUUUGACCCCUUGUAAUCAUAUCUACCAUAUAGAUUGCAUUACAGAGUGGUUGAGAAAAAGCACGGUAUGCUGUGUGUGCAAAUUCAAGGUCAUUUGUUAA